UACAACUACUACUACCGACAUGGCCAGCUAUUCAAGAACUCGAUUGGAUUUUCUUGUAAAUGCUGCUCAUAUUUUUUUCUACUAGAGAAAGCAAGUUAUUUUCCCGAGAACCGUGGAGUUAAAAAUAGAGAUGCCGCCACCGUCGUCAGCGUGCCAAGAAAAUCGAAUCAGCGCAGUCUGAGUAUUUCCGGCAAAUCCGCGUACGUGUCCGGCUUCCGGCUUCCCUCUUCAAGAACUGCGUAAAACACGACAGGCGGCAGGCUGAUCACUAUCAAUUGGGUAUAUAGUAUACGGUAAAGGCGUUUGUCCUCAAUUCUCCACAGUUUUAGGUAUAAAAGUGCAAACAUUUCACUCAGCACAGCCUGUCAACAAAAAGAUUCGAGUCAGGCUGAUUCUAUUCUCGGCUGCGACUACAAUUACACACACUUUCGUUUAUAAAAGGGCCGCCAGGCUCUAAUCCUUUCUCCUCGCCGACCAACAUGUCCGAUUCGCGACCCAGUACUGCCAACGAAAAGCUCACGAUUACUGGCCCAGACUCAAAAAACGCAGGCUGGUUCUCUCGCCGGAAGCACCCCAAAUCUGUCGACAUCGACGAGAAAGGCUCAGAGGUCGCUGUCAUCUCACCAGAGCCAGAAGUAUCUCCUGUGUCCUUCACAGAGCUUUUCAGGUUCUCCACGAAAUUUGAGCUUAUCAUCGAUGGACUUGCUUUGGUUGCAGCAGUUGCAGCAGGUUCAGCCCAGCCGUUAAUGACACUGCUCUUUGGAAACCUCACCAAUCAAUUCGUCAUAUUCCAAUCCGUCGUUAAUAAAGUGAAUGAGGGCGACCAACAAGCUAUAAACGAUUUGCCUGCUGCCGCAGCGUCAUUCCGCCAUGUAGCCUCCAAGGACGCGCUAUAUCUGGUCAUUAUAGGCAUCGGCAUGUUCAUCUGCACAUAUCUCUAUAUGUAUGUCUGGGUUUAUACUGCCGAGGUCAACGCAAAGCGUAUCAGGGAACGGUAUUUGCGUGCAGUUUUACGUCAGGACAUCCCAUUUUUUGACAAAGUUGGGGCAGGAGAGGUUGCUACCCGAAUUCAGACUGACACCCACUUAGUACAGCAGGGAAUGUCAGAGAAGGUUGCGCUCGUGGUGUCCUUCUUGUCGGCCUUCGCUACCGGUUUCAUAUUGGCCUAUAUCCGGAGUUGGCGUCUCGCACUUGCUUUGACAUCUUUGCUGCCUUGUAUUGGUAUCACCGGAGCGGUUAUGAACAAAGCCAUAUCCAAAUAUAUGCAGCUUUCCCUGAAGCACAUUGCAGAUGCUGGCAAUAUCGCCGAGGAAGUCAUCUCUACCGUUCGAACUGCGCAAGCCUUUGGCACGCAGCGAAUUCUGUCGAGCUUGUACGAUCAGCACGUUGACAAGUCGAAGGUGGUCGACGUCAAUCUUUCGGUCGUCUUUUUCUGCAUCUACUCAUCGUAUGCCUUGGCCUUUUCAUUCGGUACAACCCUUAUUUUGCGCAGAGAUGCCAAUGAUGGUACUGUCAUCAACGUCUUCAUGGCGAUCCUAAUUGGUUCUUUCUCGUUGGCAUUGCUAGCACCCGAAAUGCAAGCCAUCACUCAUGGACGAGGUGCAGCCGCGAAACUUUACGCUACAAUCGACCGUGUACCAGACAUAGAUUCUGCCGACCUUAGUGGGGAAAAGCCCGAAACCGUUUACGGUGAAGUUACGCUCGAGGACAUUCACUUUAAUUAUCCUUCACGUCCCGACAUCCCCGUUGUCAAAGGGAUCAACCUCACCUUCCGAGCUGGUAAAACCGCUGCUCUUGUCGGUGCCUCAGGAUCCGGCAAGUCGACGGUAAUUUCUCUGAUCGAACGAUUCUAUGAUCCCUUAUCUGGGGUUGUCAAACUGGAUGGACGGGAAUUGAAGUCUCUCAAUGUCCGGUGGCUACGUUCGCAGAUCGGGCUGGUGUCGCAAGAGCCAACACUGUUUGCAACCACGAUUAGAGGCAACGUUGAGCAUGGGCUUAUUGGAACUAAGUAUGAGAACGCCUCCGAGGAGGAGAAGUUCGCGCUGAUCAAGGAAGCAUGUGUCAAGUCCAACGCUGAUGGCUUCAUAACUAAGCUACCGCUGGGCUAUGAUACUAUGGUUGGCGAACGAGGAUUCCUGCUCAGUGGUGGUCAGAAGCAGCGUGUCGCCAUCGCGAGAGCCAUCGUGUCGGACCCACGCAUUCUUCUUCUCGAUGAGGCAACCAGUGCUCUGGACACUCAGAGUGAGGGAAUCGUGCAGGACGCCCUCGACAAAGCCUCUGCUGGACGUACAACCAUCACCAUCGCUCAUCGUCUCUCGACGAUCAAAGAUGCUGACGUCAUCUUCGUUAUGGGGGAUGGCCUGGUCAUCGAACAGGGAACCCACCAGCAACUACUUGCCAAAGAAGGUGGCGCCUACGCACGUCUCGUUCAGGCUCAGAAGCUUCGUGAAAGCGAUGAAGCGGCCGCCGUUGCUGCUGGCGAGGACACUGAUGAGGAAGAGGAUGCACCCAAGGACAUGGAAAAAGUCGCGCGUGAAGAGGUUCCUCUUGGUAGACGAAAUACUGGUCAGUCCCUUGCUAGCCAAAUCCUGGAGCAGAAGAAGAAGGAACGUGAGGGCGACAAAGAGCCGGCCCAUAGCAUGUAUUAUCUUUUCAAAAGAAUGGGCAAAAUCAAUAAGUCGCAAUGGAGGAAGUACUUUCUCGGGACGAUUUUCGCUACUAUGACUGGAAUGGUGUAUCCGGCUUUCGGUGUCGUCUAUGCCAAAGCAAUCAAUGGCUUCUCGUUCACCGGCUCGGAGCUUAGACAUUCUGGGGACCGGAACGCCCUUUGGUUCUUCAUCAUCGCUAUUAUCUCUACCUUGUCUAUCGGCAUGCAAAACUACCUCUUUUCGUCUUCCGCAGCGGCGUUGAUGGCGAAACUAAGGUCUCUGAGUUUUAAGGCUAUUCUGAGACAAGAUAUUGAGUACUUCGAUAACGACGAGCACAGCACCGGUAGCUUGGUGGCGAACCUUAGUGAUAACCCUCAAAAGGUCUUUGGUUUGGCAGGUGCUACUCUCGCAGCAAUCGUGCAGAGUAUCUCGACUCUGAUUGUAGGUUCUAUCCUCGGUCUAAUAUUCAUCUGGAAAGUUGGCCUUGUCGGUAUUGCGGUUACACCUCUUCUUGUGUCCAUGGGGUAUAUUCGCUUGCGUGUCGUCGUUCUGAAAGAUCAAAAGAACAAGAAAGCUCAUGAGAGCUCUGCCCAACUUGCCUGCGAAGCUGCGGGUGCGAUUCGAACCGUUGCGUCCCUGACUCGGGAAGACGACUGCUGCAACCAAUACGCUUUGAGCCUGGAAGAACCCCUUCGCAAAUCUAACAGGACGGCUAUCUGGAGCAACAUGCUGUAUGCAUUCUCCCAGUCCACGAUUUUCUUCUGCAUUGCUCUUGUUUUCUGGUUUGGAGCAGACCUAGUGUCAAGACGAGAAUUUUCCACGUUCGAUUUCUUCGUCGGUCUCAUGUCUACUAUGUUUGGUGCUAUUCAAGCAGGAAACGUCUUCUCUUUUGUACCUGAUGUUUCUUCUGCGAGAGGCGCAGGCAGUGACAUCAUUCGAUUGCUCGACUCUAUUCCGGAAAUUGAUGCCCAGUCGACUGAAGGCAAGAAGAUCGAUGUCGCCAAGGCCCAAGGGCAUAUUCGUUUAGAAAAUGUCCAUUUCCGUUACCCUACUCGGCCUGGUAUUCGUGUUUUGCGGGAGCUGUCGCUUCAAGUGGAGCCAGGCACAUAUAUUGCCCUUGUAGGCGCCUCCGGAAGCGGAAAGAGUACUGUCAUCCAAUUGAUUGAGCGAUUUUACCAGCCGUUGGCAGGCCAGAUCUAUAUGGAUGGAAUACCAAUCGAGGAAUAUAACAUACAGGAGUACCGUAAACAGAUUGCUUUGGUUUCUCAAGAGCCAACUCUUUAUGCGGGAACGAUACGCUUCAAUAUACUUCUUGGAGCCAUCAAGCCCCAGGACCAAGUCACCCAAGAAGAAAUCGAGGCUGCCUGCCGGGACGCGAACAUACUGGACUUCAUCAACGGACUUCCUGAUGGAUUUGACACCGAAGUUGGCGGAAAAGGAUCUCAGCUUUCGGGUGGCCAGAAACAACGUAUAGCAAUCGCCCGUGCUUUGCUUCGUAACCCCAAAGUUCUUCUCCUUGACGAAGCAACAUCAGCUCUAGAUUCCAAUUCUGAAAAGGUUGUACAAGCCGCCCUCGACCAAGCGGCGAAAGGCAGAACAACAGUUGCUAUUGCGCAUCGACUAUCGACAAUUCAGAAUGCUGAUUGCAUAUAUUUCAUCAAAGAAGGACGCGUCAGUGAAUCCGGAACGCAUGACCAGCUUAUUAGUCGGAAAGGCGACUAUUAUGAAUACGUUCAAUUACAAGCUUUGAGCAAGAGGGAUUAAGGUAAUGGUUAUUGUAUUUGUAGGAUGAUAUCGGAACAAUUAGAUACCCAUUGUGCUGAUGCCCUUAAUCACUUCGAUCCGGUAAUAUUUGAUACUCCAGUGCACGAUUUCGAUGAUAGAUUAUUUCACAUACUCCUUCCGCAGAUAUAUAAUAUCGAAAGCCAUACUGAUUUCAACAUGUCCACGCACAGGGAGAAGAGACCACUGAGUGAAACAUCUAGCCUUCAUAGUAGAUCAAUGUGUUCCUUUGAAGAAAUGCU